UGUGGCAUAGCACUAUAAAUAAUUCUCAAGUUUCCACACUUUUCCUCCUCCUGGAACAGCGCAGAACCUAACCCUCACGAAAACCCCUUCGAUUCCGAUAACUCUCGUUCUUCCGAAACCCUAACCCCAGUUCGUUGGGAUUGAAUUGGAGGAGAUCGUGAAAGGAUUGUUUGAAAUUGGUGGUGUCAGCGUUGAAGAACGAUGUCUGCUGCUGUGUGCGGAAGCAAGAGAUCUUUCUUCGAAGAGCUUCCUCCUUCUCCACCACUCUCCAAGAGGCUCCGUUGUUCCUCUUCACCGAUUCGCUUCCCUCCCCUCUCUCUCAUCGACCAACUUCGCCCGCUCUUUCCGCACAUGGACGACCUGGUUCUUGAGAGGGCUCUUCAGGAAUGUGGAAAUGAUAUUGAUGCUGCCAUCAAGAGGCUGAACGAGCUUUGCUUGGGAAAUACAGAUGGAAAUGAAAAUUCGGAAGGAUCGGAUGUUGUUAAUUUGGUUGCAGGUAAAUUGGAAGACAAUGGAAAUGCUUCUGUUCCUGAGGACCAGCCUACUUUGAACAACCACCUUCCUGCAGAUGGAGCAGAAUGGAUUGACUUUUUUGUUAGGGAAAUGAUGGUUGCUACUAGUGUUGAUGAUGCAAGAGCCCGUGCUGCUAGAAUGCUAGAAGUUCUAGAGAAAUCAAUCAGUGAAAGAGCAAGGGCUGAGGCAACUGAUGCACUUCAAAAGGAAAAUUUGAUGCUGAAAGAGCAAAUCGAAGCAUUGAUUAAGGAGAAAAAUUCUUUCAAAAAUGCUUUUAGAAUCCAGCACGAACGAUCUGCUGAUUACGAGGUUAAGAACCAAGAGUUGCAGCAUUUAAAGCAAUUGGUGUCUCAAUACCAGGAGCAGAUUAGAACUCUAGAGGUGAAUACUAUGCUUUGGCAAUGCAUUUGAAGCAGGCUCAACAGAGCAACCUUUACUGGGCAUUUCCCACCUGAUAUCUUCUAAUGGGUUGAAUGUGUAAAACGUAAUAAUAGAGGCAGCAAAUAGCUGCUUCAGCUGACUAAUUAUGUUUGUUAUUUGUUUUCUUUCAUAAAAAGGUUAAUGGCUGCUGUAAUUUUCCUUUUUUAUAGCUUCUGUUUGUGAUAGCAUGGUUUCUGCUUUUAUAGUAUCUUAUCAACACAGUAUAGAAUCCAACAGUAUAUCAAUGUUUUCAGUCAAA